AUGGCAGCGGACGACAGGUCGUCCGAGAAACCGUCCUCGCCGCUUCGGAGUCUGCGGAGUUUCCAAAGUGAAAUACCGGUGGCGAUGACUAUGGAAGAUACCACAACAAAACACCAUCAUGCCAAAUCAUUCCACCAACACCUGGACCACUUCAUCAACAGCAUCCCCCUACAUGUGACCGUGUUUGUUUUAGUUACUGGCAACUGCUUCAUUGUUGCUGGUGAACUGCUCCUGUCAUAUAAUAUGUUACAAAAUGUUACAGACAGAGAAAAAAUCUUAGACACUUUGUCAUCAUGCAGCUUGGGUAUUCUUUCAAUCUUUGUACUUGAGGUUGUUGUCAGAAUUUUCAGUACUGGUGCUCAUUUCAGAAGAAGAAAAUUUGAGAUAUUUGAUGCAUGCGUCGUCUUACUGACGUUUGUAUUAGACCUUGUAUUCUAUGUCAGCAAUGUACAGACGACCAACCCCUUCACCAGAGCGUUCUCCUUACUCAUUAUCCUAAGACUCUGGAGAUCUGGGGGCAUUCUGCGACGAGAGAAGAAGAGAAUAAGGGAGGAGACGGCGUGUGAGUUACAGAUGGAGAAAUAUGCAAGAAGGCAAGCUGAAGCCCAAGCAGAUGCAUUGCAGGUUCAGUGUGAUCAGCAGCUGAAAGAGAUAGCUUACUUGAGAAACUUCCUUCAUCAGAAUAAUCUGGAUCCAGACACGACAAAGCUGGACUUCUUGCCAAACUACCGAGCCAGUGCCUCCAUCACAACAAGUGCAAUUGAGUGGGAUAAAGCAGACACGUUAAGAGUCAAUGGAAAACUCAGUAAAGAUCCUUCAUUAGACAGCAUUGCCUCCAUGUCGUCAAUGAAAGACCCCGCCUCGACGUCCUCUACACAGAACAUCUACAGCCAGCCGCCGACGACAAUAUCGGACACACCGAGCACGCCAGCUCUCACCACCGUCGAGAGUCAUCCGACAACAAAUGAGACAAAGCCCUCACUCAUACCCAGUGAGGGUCAGUCAAAUGAGGGUUACAUGUCGGACGAGGAUCGUGGUGCUUCGUCGAGGGUCAACAUGGAGGGUGGUUCGGUUAACAUGGCGUUUGAGGAAGAUUCCUCGCCUCAGAAUGGCCAUAAUGAAAGUGGUUCAAGAACAGAUUCAGAUGGUGGUGAAGCUCAAUUACGGAUUGAAUUGGAGGAAAUUAGGAGACUUUCCGAAGAAGCACUACAGAGUGAGCUAUCAUCUUCGAAUACAAUGGAAGUGGAUGGUAUUCCAACCACGUCAUUGUGAUCCGUUACUGAUGAAGCAGAGAUAACCAUGACAACAGUAACUAUGAACAACCAAAGCAAGUAUAUGUCAUCAUGUGAUGUAGACGGUACAAACGUCAGACACAUUCUGUGCCUGAAGACUGUGCAGAUCAACUGCUGUAAAAGCCUGGUUCUUACUUCCUCUGCAAAUGUGAAUGCGAUACAAAUUUUUACAUCACAAAUUAGCAACUAAUUAUUCGCAAUGUGUUCAACUCCUGCGAAACCUUUGCUGCAAAAAUAGCUAUUUGAUGUAAAAAUUUGUAUCGCAUUCACAUUUGCAGGAAGUAUGAGCCAGGCUUAACUCCUGGUCAUAAACACUUACAAUUCUGUGUGUGGCCGUUUCAGUAAGACAGAAUAAUAACAACAGAGGGCGCUAUUCAUUUUUGUAUGCUUUAAGAAUCAGUACUCCUAUAUUAAUCCAAGAGCCAGAUUGGUUUUUAUCUAGCUGUACAUGUAACUGUAAAUCAUUCCUUUUUUGGUAAUAUUUUCUAUUAUAUUAACACAAUUAAAAACUUUAGUUUAAGAGCAAGUGUUGGCAUUUUCUCAGUUGAUGAGCUUCUGCAUGAUCUUAAUCAGGAUGUAGUGGUGCAUGAUGGGACGGAUCAGCGCAAUGCAACAAUAAAACUGUGUAGGUAACUUAUAAAUAUUGCGAACGAGCUAAAUUUUUAGCACAGAGCAAAAAGACUGACAUUAAUUACUUCCUACGAAUUUACACUAACAAAACUACACUAUUUGUUAUAGCGGUCCAAUCUUUUUUUGAGGUGACUGGGGGUUAUUGGUCAAGGGAAAAGGUCCAAUGAGCUUGUGUAUACGUCAGCCCACCCUACCUUUGGUUGAGGCGCUGGGACCGAGUGAACUCUAGGGGUAUGUCCAAAAGGUCUGUCUACUGCCACCAAGUGUCUGAAAACUUCCAACUGCUCUAUUGCCUAGGGUGUGCUUUCUCGGUCUUGACCAAUAGUUGUUUUGGUUGAAUUGAGCUAUUGUAACAGUUAUUGGUUACAGCCCCGAAAAUGUACCCUGGGCAUUAGAGCAGUUGGAGACUUUCAGACACUUGGUGGCAGCAGACAGACUUUGGGGAACAUAGGGGUGUCUGAACAUUGAGCAGUCUCGUACUAGCAUCUUAUUAAAUUAUCAGUACAUGUCGAUCACAGCUAGCAUGAAUUUUCAGCUGAUUUUGAUAGACAAAGUUUUCUUAAAUACUUAGUUGUUUGUAUGAAGAGUUUGUGUUGUGAUUUUUAACUCUUAUUGAGUUAGCUUAUUUAUUUGCUGAUAUGUAGGUUUUUUUGUGGUUAGAUGUGUGGCAUGCUAUAUCGCUAUAAAUCUUGCCUUGUGGUUUAAAAACUACAUCUAGACACAAAAUAUAUAAGGUUCUUUUCCCCGGCGAGUGCAGUCAGAGUGUUUUUGCUUCUUGGUUUAUUGAGUAUCAGUAAGUAGAUUUAUGCAAUUUUUACAGAAUAAUGGCAUAGCACAAAUUUGAAUACUAAUUCAUGCAGGUAUUUUGGUUAUAUAUCACUUGUUACUGCUUUUUUCUCUAAAAGGCUGGAGUUAGUCUUGGUGCAAGACGUUACUGUGUGGUUUCAGGUUAGUGUUACAUGCAUGAAUUGCACACAAAGGUAGUUCGGUUACCAGAAUCGGCUUGUACCAAGACUAGGCCUGCGUCCGACAAUGCCAAACACAGAAUGAGAAAUAAUUGAACAAUCUUAUCAGAGUCUCAACUCUUGUGCUGAAUAACGCAGCAAUCAGGGGCUCAAUUAAAUGGCACUGCAUUGUACUGUGGAUUUCUUCUCUUAUCUUCCUGCCACCUGGGUCCGACUACGUGGCUCUGCUUACCGCCGGAUUCUGCGCUUACGAUUACCAUUCUUCACUUGUACGGCAAGCGCCAAAUUUAUGCGCUAGCUGCUUACCCGCACAAGCCAAAUUUUCCCGCUUAUCCUUGAAAAAUAGGCUUGCAUAAUAAAGCGAAGAAUUCCCUGCUUCCGUAAGCGCCUAUUCUUUGCUUACGGUAAGCAGAGCCAUGAAGUUGGGCCCUGGUUUAUUGAAGUAUGCACAUUACAGGGCACCGUAGUAAGAGUAGAACUCUGUUGUAAGCAAAGCCACACAUUUGGGCCCUGUGUUUUUUUUUUUUUUUCAAUUUCAAGCGAAGCAGAUAUUGGAGAUUCUCGCAUAAAUAAUUUUCUAAUUAAUGUAUUCUAUUUUUGAAUUUUGUUUUGUUUUUAUAAGUGUGUGCCACAUUGGUAAGAUACCAAUUAUUUCAGAUAAAAUUGAUUAGUUGAACUUUUGUUAUUACAAGCAGGGUUAAAGUGCAUAUUAUUUUUGGUUUGUUUGUUCAAUUAAGUUUGGUUUAUUGUAUUUUUUGUAUGAGUCUUCGCUUUGGUUCAAGCGUUAUAUGAAGCUAGCCUGAAGAUUAGGGGUUUGAUUUCAUGGCUCUGCUCGAGUGUUAGCAAUGAAUCAGCUUUUACGGAAGCAGGGAAUUCUGCACUUACGCCAAUUGUAUUUCAGGGUUAACAGGGAAGUUCCUCACUUACUCAGCUAGCUUUGGUUCAAGCAUUAUAUGAAGCUAGCCUGAAGAUUAGGGGUUUGAUUUCAUGGCUCUGCUCGAGUGUUAGCAAUGAAUCAGCUCUUACGGAAGCAGGGAAUUCUGCACUUACGCCAAUUGUAUUUCAGGGUUAACAGGGAAGUUCCUCACUUACUCAGCUAGCACAGAAGUUUGGCGCUUGUCCUGUAAGCUUUGGUUCAAGCGUUAUAUGAAGCUAGCCUGAAGAUUAGGGGUUUGAUUUCAUGGCUCUGCUCGAGCGUUAGCAAUGAAUCAGCUCUUACGGAAGCAGGGAAUUCUGCACUUACGCCAAUUGUAUUUCAGGGUUAACAGGGAAGUUCCUCACUUACUCAGCUAGCACAGAAGUUUGGCGCUUGUCCUGUAAGCUUUGGUUCAAGCGUUAUAUGAAGCUAGCCUGAAGAUUAGGGGUUCGAUUUCAUGGCUCUGCUCGAGCGUUAGCAAUGAAUCAGCUCUUACGGAAGCAGGGAAUUCUGCACUUACGCCAAUUGUAUUUCAGGGUUAACAGGGAAGUUCCUCGCUUACUCAGCUAGCACAGAAGUUUUGCGCUUGUCCUGUAAGCGGAGAAUAGUAAUGAUUACUAAUGGUAAGCAGAGCAAUGAUUUUGUUGUUGUGUUUUCCUGCUACAAGUUCUGAGAAAAGUUUUGCUUGAAUUGUGCAUUGCGGUGUUGCUAGAACUGCGCAUUGUACUAUUGAGUUUUAUGUUUUAUAUGGAGUUUAAUAUUGUUUAUAUGUUAGUAUAUUAUUACUCACUUUUUUGGGUUAUUUUAUUUCUUGGUUGCAGUGGAGUCUAACUUGCACAACUCAUAUUCAUGCAAUAGUUGAAGUGUUUUAGUACACCUCGUUUGUAUGUACAAAGAAAAAGAGGUGAUAAGUUUAAUGCAAAAGCAAAAACAUGUUCAUUGAUUGGUUUAGUAUUAUGAUUGAAAGCGACCAUUAAUUAAUCUUAAACAAGUAAAGAUGAUAACAAUUAACAUGAUAGUUCAAUUUAAAGAAGUGGUGUUGGUUGAUUAGGAACAAGGUGUUUAUGAGCACCCCACGUUCACCCAAGGUCACUUAAAUGGCCAUGAAUGCACCAGAGAGCAUCCGAUGUUUAAAGACACUGGACACUAUUGGUAAUUGUCAAAGAGAUAAUAAUGAAAG